AGAGCCGCAGCGCCGGCCACUUCCGCUCCUGGCGUCCGGAAGCGGAAGUGCGCGGCUGCGGCCGACUGCGGCGGGUGUGCUGGGCCGCGCGGCGCGCCGCGGUGGGAGUGUCUCCGGCCGGUCUGCAGACUGGGACUCUCGACUCAAAUCCCAAGCGUCUCCUCCCGUGCAGGAUAUUUUGGAGGGAAAUUCAUCCCCGGGUUUGCACAUGGUGGAGAAUGUCCUCCAGUAGCUGCUUGGGAAAGGGCGUGUUGCUUUUGAGGCCCUGAAAAUAUGUGAAAAUGUCUUACUGGAGCUGCCGGCUUGCAGGGGCCUCGUCUGGCAGGAUCGUUGUGGUAACCCCAUGCAGAACAUUCUGUGCAUCAUUACAGAGCCCUGGACUAAUGCUUGUGCAGUGAAGGAAUGAACACGGGUACCCCAGGCCUUCACCCCUCCCCAUGAGCAGAUGGACCCUGUGAGGGAGGGAGCGAGGAUGGCCCACAUCUGUAUUCUCCAGUUUCUGUGGGCUCUUUCCUCUUAGUACGGGGUUCCAGCACCUUCCGCAGAGCUCCACCUUCAGCUCAGAAGUGAGCACCGAGUGUGGGAGAGGAGGGGCUUCUGCUGCAUUGAGCCCCAGGAAGCAGGCGGUCGCAGAAUGUUCUGAGCGGGGAGAGGAGGGCCACUCGGACACGCACGUGCAGAAGUUGAGUGGUUCGUCAUGAAGACACGCAGCCCGUAAGUGGUACGGCCACGUUUGGAGCUGGGAGUCCAAUCCAGGCCUACCGCAGAGGUGCAGAGGUAGCCACCGGGACCUGCUGCCCGGGGGUCACACAUCCUGCCACGCGGCUGAAGGCGCUGACUGUUGGGCUCGUCUUUCCGGGCUUCAGUGGGCCUUGUCCCGACGACUGAGACCCCCAUGGCGGCCCUGAGGCCUCCCCGUCAUGGCUAGAUAGGCCAGGGGAGGGCACGAGAGAGCUGGGGACUGCUCGUAGAAGAGUCCCGAGAGGAGGCUGCGGAAGGGGUGUCUCCGGGCUCAGUCCUUCUACCGUCCCAGCCGCCCUCCCCCAUGCCGUGUCUCCUCCAUGCUGUUUCAGGGCACAGGGAUGUUAGCUUGUGCGAGCGCUGGAGAAGGGCAGCGUUCAGAGGACGGGCUCUGGAUGGCAGGGCAGAUGUAACCCAACUGUGGCCUGUAGGUAGGUAGGCCCCGUGAUUGAUGGAUAUCAAAUAGACAAACACAGGCUAAGAAAACACCGAACAACGUUCCUAUUCAGAGCUAAGGGCUCCCAGCCUUCCUUGAGUGAAGCACGUUGCAGUGUCUCUGAGGGCCCGUGGCCUGACCUGCAGUCGGGCCCCCCACCCCAGAACCAGAAAGGGUCGGGUCCACUUUGGCGCCUGUGGCAUGAUUGGUCCUUGAGACCCUUGGUGGCUGGCGCUCACCGUGGAAUAGCGGGAGUCACCGGAUCUGAAGCUGCCAGACCUGCACGCCUGACUUCUCACAGCACUGCCCCCAAACUGAGGGUCCCUCAGGCCCAGAACACACUCAGUGCCGCCGCUGUCCUGCUCCGUCCCCUCUGUGCCUUCUCCUAGGGGCCGGGGCCAGACCUGAGGAUGCACAUCAGGCCCACAAUUGGAGACAGAGAGACACCUUCGAUUCCAGAAGACCGGCUAUCUCUCUGGCUGUCACCUUGGUCUUCUGGAUAUGUAGGGCGGAAGGCGGCCGCGCAGAUUCAGAGGGUGGCUGUGCCGGUGCCUGCACUGAGUCUCCCUGAGCUGAGGAUGGCUGGGGAUUCUGCUCUGCUUGCCCAGGACCCCGCCUGGCUCCAGAAGGAGAACACAGAGGGGGAGUCUGUGGCUCCUGGGAUGCUGCUCAGCUGUCCGCAGGAACCAGUCACCUUCGAGGAUGUGGCUGUGUUGUUCACUCCGGAAGAAUGGAUGUUUCUAGACUCUGCCCAGAGAAGCCUGUACAGAGAUGUGAUGCUGGAGAACUAUAGGAACCUGGCCUCUGUGGGAGAUCAGCUCGGCAAAUUCAGUUCGUUUUCCCAUUUGGAGCAAGGAGAAGACUGGUGGUCGACGGAGAGGAGAGUCUUCCCGGGAAGCUGCCCAGAACCUUCGCUUCCACCCCAAGGUUCAAUUCCUAACCAAGAUAUUUUUGCAGAGAUUUCCGUUGGCAUGGAAAGGGGGCGGCCUCAGGCGGGAGAAAACCUCUACGAACACAGUGAACUCGGAAAACCCUCGCCCGGCGUCCAACCGCUUUUUCAGUACCAGAGCAUUCAUGCUGGAGGCGACCCCUGCGAAUGCCCAGAGAGCGGAAGAUCCUUCUUCCAGCCCGCUCGGCUCCUCGCGCCUGAGAAGAUCCGCCGUGGGGACAGAACCUUCGCGUGUCGCCAGUGUGAGAAGUCCUUCAGAUACAGCUCCGACCUGAUCAGGCACGAGAAGACCCACACCGCGGAGAAGUGCUUUGAGUGUCAGGAGUGUCGGCAGACCUUCAAGUACUCCUCGAAUCUGCGGCGUCACCUGAGGACUCACACCGGAGAGAAGCCCUUCGAAUGUGCCCAGUGUGGGAAAACCUUCACCAGGAACUUCAACCUGAUUUUGCACCAGAGAAACCACACGGGCGAGAAGCCCUACGCGUGUAAGGACUGUGGGAAAGCCUUCAACCAGCCGUCCUCCCUGCGGAGCCACGUGAGGACUCACACCGGCGAGAAGCCCUUCGGGUGCAGUCAGUGUGGGAAAGCCUUCAGGGAGCACUCGUCGCUGAAGACGCACCUGCGAACGCACACCCGGGAGAAGCCGUACGAAUGCAGCCAGUGCGGGAAGCCCUUCCGGACGAGCACGCACCUGAACGUGCACAAGAGGAUACACACCGGGGAGAAGCUGUACGAGUGCGCUACGUGCGGCCAGGUGCUGAGUCGCCUCUCGACCCUCAAGAGUCACAUGCGAACCCACACCGGAGAGAAGCCCUACGCGUGCCAGGAGUGCGGGCGCGCCUUCAGUGAACCUUCCUCCCUCCGGAAACACACCAGGACCCACACGGGCAAGAAGCCCUACGCGUGUCAGGAGUGCGGGCGCGCCUUUGGUCAGUCUUCACACCUUAUCGUGCACGUGAGGACCCACACCGCAGGGAGGCCCUACGCGUGCAGUCAGUGUGAGAAGGCCUUCAGGCACAGCUCUUCGCUCGCCGUGCAUAAGAGGGUUCAUGCCGGGAGAGAAAGCGCUAAGAGCGGUGGCCUGCCUCUAUCAGUGUCCCAGCCGUAUGUCGGGCCCCUUGCUGAUUAAUGUUCGACUUUUAUUUUUUUAAUUUAAUUUUUUAAUUAUCAGAGAGAGAGAGAGAGAGAGAGAGAGAGAGAGAAUGCACGUGCAUGGGGGAGGAGCAGAGAG